AUUCAAUUCUCUCUAUUUUUGUAUAGGAACGUUUUUGUCGUAAAACUAACAAUAACGAGAUAAUUCAAUAAUUAUGUUCUAUAUAUAUAACUGUCACUAUUUUCCGCUAUAACUCGGAAAAUAUUGAUGGCACGAGAAAAUUGUAAAAAUAGAAAUGAUAGAAAAUUACAUUUUUAACAAUUUUGGCUGUUGUACUUGUCGAAAAGUUGAAAAUGGCGGAGAUAUUGAGCAAAAACGGUUCUCGUUUAAAAUCAAGAUGGCGGCUAACGCAAUGGCGGAAUUCAGUCGAGAUUUUAAAUUUAUACUACUAUUGACCCCCCUAAAGAUUAAAAAAAUAAAAUUUGGGGCAGCUCCUAAUGCAAGGUUAGGCCUGUUAUUCGUCUAACCCGACUGGACUAUUAGUCCAUAGUGUUGACUGUAAUAUGUGAAUUUGUUCAUAAGGACUUGUAGGUCUUCUAGAUUGUUUGGAUAUACUAUGGUGUCAUAUACAUGCCUGGUGUUGUUUGGGCAUUAAUACCAGUUAAGUAGAAUACCUUUAUCAGUUUCAUGCAAAGCUUCCAUGAAUAUGCUUUCAGAGUAGAGAUUUAAAAUUAGAGGGGACAAAAUACAACCUUGAUUCCUAGAAUUACAUUUUUAGAUUCCAGUCAAAAUUUCUAAUUUUUUUUAAAUUAUCGGUUUUUAAUUCCUGCUUGGCAUACUGUGCUCGAUCAAACGCUUUCUCGUAAUCAACCAGACAUACGUACCUAUACGUCGCAAUUGACGUCUCUACAUCUCUGGAAUAAGACUUGCAUUGAGAACAAACUCUCGCUCGUACUAAAAGCAUUUAUGAAUCCGAACUAGAUCGGGGAAAUUUUACUUUCGCAUAGCUUGUAAACUCUCUUAUGGAUUAUCAUUAGGAACAAUUUUAGAUGACUAUGGUCAUAAUUGUGAUUAUGAUGAUGAUAUGGUCGUAAGGAGAGUCAUACUAUGGAGUUAGAUGGAAUGUAGAAGAUUUUUGAAGAUCUCACGGAUGGAUCACUUUGCGAAAUAGUUGAAGAACUGUUAAGAAAAUGAAGAAAAAAAAGCCGAAAGUUACUAAAAAACUCCUGGCUUACAUGGUUUACACAUAAAAUGCCUCAAAAACUUUCUAAAGGUAUCAGAAAGACCCCAAACCAGCACAGAAUUCUACCAACCUAGUUUUAUUCUAAUCACUCUAGGUAAAGUGGACAAGAGAAUCUUUAAGAAGAGACUUGUAGACUUCCUCGAAGAAUUCUACAUCAUCCCAAAUUUCUAAUUUGCAACGCAAUACUCCUUGCGGACAACAGAUAAGGGCUGAAAAUUAUGGUUGAUUGCACUAUGCAGUACUGCGAGAGGUAUAUAAUGGCUCUGAAUACAAAAAAGCAAAAAAUUAUGAUUGACAGAAAGAACAAGAUUGAAGACGAAACAAUCUUCGUUAAAGGAAAAGCUUUAGGGACAGUACCCACAAUAAACUACUUAGGAUAUAAUAAAUGAACAAAGGAUCCGUAGCCUUGAAAUAAAACGACGCAUUGAAAUAUGAAAAAAGUAAUUAUGCAAUGGAAAACUGGGAAUAAAAAUGAGAACUAGAGACUAGAGUAUUGAUAUGUUACGUAUUCUCUGUCCCUGUAUAUGGAGUUGAUGCCUGGACAAUUACGGACGCAACUGAAAAAAGACUUGCCAGCUUUGAAAUGUGGUGUUAUCAACGAAUGUGAAAAAUUUCAUGGACACAAUACCUAACAAACACGGAAACAUUAAGAAAUAUGAAAAAGAAAUACCUAACAAUAUCGAGGAACGAAAAAUGAGCUACUGUUUGGUCACAUACGAAGAAAUGAAAAAUAUGAGUUGAUGCGAUUGGUUAUACAAGGGAAGUGGAAGGAAAAACAGGACCGGGGAGACCGCGACGUACGUCUUAGUUAAAAAAUUUAAAGCAGUGCGGUGGAAAAACAACAAUAGUACUCUUCAGAACCACUGCAGACAGAGUAAAAUGAUCUGUGAUGAUACCCAACCAACGUCCUCAAAGUAUGAGACACCGAAGAAGAAGGUUUUAAAGAUUUUUUAGUACUUUCUUAUCAUUCAUUAUCAUCAACCCGUACGCGUCCACUGCUGGACAUAGGUCUCCCUCACAACGGCGGAUCCAGCAACCUUGCAAGGAGGGGGCAAUGAAAUAAAAAUUUUCUGGUCACUCGCGUACGCAGGAUUCUUUUUCGAUAUGGGCUGUUACUUUAUUUUUCUUCAUGUACCCAUGUCCUUUCAGAACGUUGGUUACUAUCAUAGCUAUCUUAAUUUUAUUCACUGCCACCCUAUAUCAACCACGAAAUGCUUUUUCGUCCUGGACUGCGUUUGUCUUCUAUUUUCACUUGCAUAAUAUUUUGUAGUAACCUAUAUUUAAAACUUUUCAUUACAUGUCCAAAAUACUCCACUUUUCUCUUCUUGUUGCCUUCUAUAAUCUCAGUAGUCUUGCUGAGACGUUCUAGUAUUGUGGAGUUUCGAAUCUUCUUCACCCAAGAUACUUUUAAAAUUCUUCUAUAGAACCACAUUUCGAAAGCCUCAAGGCGAUUUAGGUAAGUGGAUCGAUUUUAUUCACAGUCCAAGAAUCGACACCAUACAGUAAGACCGAGAACACGUAUUUUGGAGAAGAAAUUCUGUUUUAUGUUUCAUUCCGUUAUUCAGUUGUACACAGGACACAAAACUCACUAUUUAUUUUUAAUCGUAAUUAUCUUUCUUAAAAAAAGGCGACACCAGGCGAAGUCUCAAGGAGGGGGCAAUUAACCCCAUUGACCCCCCUUGGAUCCGCGCCUGCUCCCUCAGCUCUUUCCAUCUUUCUCUGUUUUGUGCGGCUUGCAUCCAGUUACCGAUAACAUGCUUCAAAUCAUCGGCUCAUCUGGUUAGCAGGCGUCCUCUGCUCCGUAGUGCUUUUUCUCGCGGCCUCCACUCGACAAUACGUUUUGUCCAUCGGUUGUAUUAAGAGGCGAAUAGAGAGCGAGACAAUCAUUUGUCAAAAUGAAAAGGUCCCUAUGCAGCCGGGACAUAAAUCUAAACUUAAGAACGACAAUGUUAAGGUGCUAUGUUUUCUCCGUUCUGCUGUAUGGCAUGGAAGCUUGGACACUGAAAAACAUAAACAUCAAAAACAUUGAGGCAUUUGAGAUAUGGUGCUACAGGAGAAUGUGGAAAAUACCAUGGACAGAGGGAGUAGCAAAUCAAUAUGUUUUGCUGAAGAUGGGGAAGGAAUGUGAAGUCAUAAAAACCAUACAAACGAAAAAGCUGGAAUAUCUAGGCCACAUAAUGAGAGGAGAAAAAUAUUCCCUGCUAAGACUCAUAAUCCAAGGAAAAAUCUCGGGAAAGAGAAAUGUGGGCCGUAGGAGGAUCUUCUGGUUGAGAAAUUUAAGAGAGUGGUAUGGGUGCAGUUCAAUACAGUUGUUCAGAGCUGCAGCCAACAAAGUUAAGAUUGCUGUGAUGGUAGCCAACCUCCGAUAGGAGACGGUAUUGCAAGAAUAAGAUCGGUUGUCUGACAAUCUGGCGACGUGUCCUGCCCAGUUCCACUUUGGCGACGCGAUUUUUUCGACAGCGUGUAGCGUUCCGCUACGUUUACGAGUAGCCACUCCCGACAACCGUAAUAAUUAACAUCGAAUAACAAAAAGUUACCUUACGAUCGAGGUAGGAAAAUGAAAACAGAAUUAGUGCUAGCUAACCAACGACUUAAGAAGGUCAAAUACAGACAAAUAUGUGUUGGAGAAAAAACGGCAGAUGUCAUACAUAAAAGAAUAGGAGAUAUUCAAUAAAUCUAUUUUGGAAUUGCAAUUACAAAGCAAGCUAAAUAUAUCUGUAAAGAUAUAAUAUUCCUAAAAUGAACGUCUGCCGUACCUAGAGAAUUAUAAAAUAGAACCAAGCUUUUAAUAUCCCACAAAGACAACUUAUAUGGAAAAUGCACUAAGAAUAACAUUCCUAUUAAUUAUCUGGAACGUAAAUCUUCCCUAAGAUGUGUAUACUCAUAGAGCCGCUUACCGUCUGAUAAACCGGCACGUCCAUAAGCCAACACUUGGAAUUAGAGCUGAAGGAAUUUCAUCUAGAUUGGAACAAAGAUAAGUGUACUUAAUUAAUGUUCUCAUUUAUAGACCGAAUUGUGUUCCGCAAUAUAUUAUAUAUUUAUUCUACAUUUGUUGUUAAGCAUUAGAUUAUUUUUUAACUUCCCUUAUCAUAUCUUUUACUAUCGGUUGUGUCUACACAACAAAUAAUAUUUUGUCAAUUUUUCAUCUAAAUCUCAAUGCAUGUAAGGGAACAUAAGUACUUAUAGACCUAGAGCAUUGGUCUCUAUAGGGUUCAUUACAUAAUAACUUAGGUAUUGUGGUAGAUAAUAUACAAGUAUAUUAAUACGGUAUUAUGAAGAAUAUCAUCUGGUUCUGUUGACUAGCACUCACUAUUGUUUUUCUGUCUCUUUAUUGUUUGUAUCUGAAAGAAACGUAAACUCAUAGAAAUCAUUUAAUAGUCGGAAAAUUUUACGUUAUCUGCUUAUAUCUUGGCAUCCAAAAUUUUAACAUUACUCAUAUUCAUUAUUUAUAUUAUUAAUUAAAUUUUGCUAUUAUAUAUUCAUCUUGCAAGCCAAUGUUUUACAUUAUUAUACAUUAUUUAUAUUUUUAGCUAGAAAUUUUACAUUAUAUAUAUAUAUAUAUAUACAUUAGUUACCAAAAUCUUACUUUACAUAUAUCUAGGUAUUUUUUUUACACAAUAAAAAUAAGGUAUACCUAUUGGGUUUGUAUCAUUUCACCUGCACCUGAUAUCUCUCAACUAUAUGGGUUCAUAUAAUAUUUUAUUUCAGGAUUAAGUUAUUUGGAUUGUUUAUAUCUUUCUCCUUAUUUCUCUCUCUCUCUUUCUCUCUCUCUCUCUUUCCCCCUCUCUCUCUCUCUCUCUCUAUAUAUAUAUCUCUCUCUCUCUCUCUAUAUCUCUCUCUCUAUAUCUCUCUCUCUAUAUCUCUCUCUCUAUAUAUCUCACUCUCUAUAUCUCUCUCUCUCUUUUCUAGUCUCCCACACUGUUCUAUCAACGAAGUAAAGGCUCUAAAAGGCAUUUACUUCUGGCGCCCAUCUUUGGUUUAUUGAUCAUAGGUCAGUUCUUUUCUCUUUAGUAUUUCAUUACUUUUUAAUUUUUCUGGUUUCUUCCAUUAUCACUAUCUCUUUCUCCCCUAAACAACAGCACGAAAAUAAGCCGAUCUCCACUUCCUGAGCUUUUACGUCUCAUCCUCAUCCUCAUAAUUAAUUUGUUAUCUUCAUUCUAAUUUUAACUUGUUAAGCCGUUUCUCACUACUCCUUUCUCUUCAUCAAUCAAAUUUUAGUACCAAAAAAAAAUAUAACCCUACUAUAAGGGUUACAAAGUGGCGCCCAACGUGGGGCUGUUGUUUUCAUUUAGGUGGUGAUUUAGUGUUAGUUACACUACAUUCUCUUAUUCAAUUUGGUUAUUGCGAAUUAUCACUUACAGUUUGUUUGUUGUUUUGGAAAAAAAAAAAAGAAAAAGUUGAUAGUAGCAGUGUAUCAUUUUGUUUUUUUUUGAGAGAGUAUACAGGUGUAAGGGAAAUUAUUUUAGAAUUGAGGAUAUAGCAUUAAUUGUUGGGUGGUAUACGAACAUAAGUUAAAAGGUAAUAUAAAUAUUUAUUGAAGGUGACGUUAAUAUUUAAUAAACUGAAUUUUUACAUUCUUAUACGUUACAUAUUUUUUGGUAUCUUAUAAUUAUUAUGAUAUCCUGUACUGGCACUUGUAUCCACACAAUUAUAUAUUUUGGGUUAUAGGUAUAUGUUUAUUAGGUUCUGAUUUCUAUCUCAAUUUUAGAUUACUAUAUGCGAUUAAAUUUGCGGGCUUUGUGCCAGCUGUAAAAUUUUUUUAUUGAGUUUAUCUAUCUAAACUUCAUUGGGGUGUUUAGUCUUGAUACCGAAAGUUUCUUUUUUAAAAUGUCCACUUUUAAAGUUGAUCAUUUACUGUUAAAAGAGUUAGAUUACGAGCUUAAAAUCCGAAGUAUUGAUGUUACUGAAUAUCCUACCGUCGAGGCUAAACGCAAAAUAUUGCGUGGAGCUCUGCGACAGGAGAAGGAAAAUAGGAGUUUUCGGCAAAUUUCUUCCUCCUGUAUUCCCUUUGACAAACAUAAGGAGGAGAUUGAGGACACACUGAAAGACCUUACCCAGAAAAUCGGGAUAUUCAGGGGUACAAUACUGGAUCCUACCUUUGCUAGAUUGUCGUCUAGAGUAGCUCAUUUAUCUGAACGAGUAAGUCGCUUAGAGUGUGAUACCGAUGAACAGGAAUUAUACCAGAAAACCGUCGCAGUCAAAAUCUUGGAUAUUGAAGGUGACCUCGAUGCUCGGGGAAACCCAGCUGCUACCUCCACUCCAAAUGCACCCAUACACAAUGCGUCACCCUUCCCAUUUUCUAAAUCUGCCCAAGUUCAUAAAUGGGGUAUUUCUUUUUCUGGUACAGGUGAUCGUGAUACUGUUGUCGCUUUCUUAGAGAAAGUUGAAUGUUUGCGAAUCUCUAGAUGUAUUCCAGAGGAUGACUUAUUUGCAGCCUCCGCUGAGUUGUUUACCGGUCCUGCGUUCACUUGGUUUAUGAAUAAUCGCUCUAACCUUUCUUGCUGGAAAGAUCUGGUGCAAAAACUUAAAGCUGAUUUCCUACCAUAUUCCUACCAAGAUGAUCUUUUGGAUGACAUUAAAAAGCGGAAACAACUCCAGAAUGAACCCGUUACUAUGUUUAUCAACAACAUCCUUGGGUUGUGUAGUCGUCUUGACAUUCCUCUCACGGAAUCCGAAAAGGUAAGAAUCAUCAUGAAAUCUUUGUUACCCUCAUAUCACUCUCAACUAGCUCUUGUAGAAAUCCGUAGUAUCGACGAGCUUACGGAAAAAUGUAAGCGGUUAGAAGAAACAUUUUCUUGGUCUAAUCAACCCUCAACUGUAGUUUCGUCUCGUCCUUUCCCGUCUUCUAGUCAGAAUUCCUUUUCACGAAAUCGAUCAUGGCAAAAUAAAGUACCGAAACACAAUGUAUCUACCGUUACCUCCACGAUCGUAUGUUGGAAUUGUUAUACUCAGGGACAUGCCUUCUCUGCAUGCCCAAACCCCAGAUUGCGUCCCUUUUGUUUUGGGUGUGGCCUUGAAAAUACCACUAAACCCAACUGUAGGAAUUGUCAGGGAAACGGUCGUUUAGAGGAUUGUACCCUGAGCCCUCCUCUGACAGUCUCUCCAUCAGGGAAUUCCGUAACUUCCAUAAACAAUACAGGACUCAACACGUCAAGCCCUCCCGUACUUUCUACCAGUCGAAAAGGGAAAGGUAUUUCGUCCAAAAGGACAACAACUUCAAACAAGAACCUAUCUCAAGAUUAAGUUUUCUGAAGCAGACACCCUUUAAUGUCGAAUCAGAUAAUGAUAGUGUUUCUUUCUCAGUAUCUUCAUUAAAUCUCCCAUCUCCUUGUCUCGAACAAGAACUUAACUCUGCGUUAAUUCCGUUACCUUUACCUUCUUCUUCCAGAAGAAGUAAGGAAGGAGAUACCUGUCUACCUAUAUCUCAAUAUUCUGGCAACACCAUAGUGAUUGAUAAAACAACCUUAGAUUUAAAUUCUCUAUUAGUUAGGAAACAUAACGAUAAUCGUCCGUAUCUCCCUAUCGAAGUAUUAGGUCAAUCUUGUUUAGCACUUCUGGACAGUGGUUCAAACAUAUCUUUACUAGGUUCUUUAUCUCUUCGUUUAAUAGACAACGAUAAAGUCAAAGUUAACCCGAUUUCUUCUCUUCAAGUAUCGACUGCUGAUGGCACUAUACAACCCAUCACGGGAAAAUUCGUAACAGAAGUCUCUGUAGCGAAUAUCCGCAGAAAUGUUACUUUUUAUGUUAUCCCCUCAGUGCAAAAUUCAGUUAUCCUUGGAAUGGACUUUCUUAAUGUUUUUAAUAGCACACUUAACUGCUCUGAUUUUUCUAUGUCUAUAUCUUCAUUUAAUAUUUCGAGCUUGAAUGCCGUACAAGAUUUUUCUAGUUUAUCAAAUGAGGAACAAAAUCAGUUACAAGAAACUAUCUCCAAGUUUAAUUCUAUCUCCUCUACGGAUAAGUUAGGCCGUACUACCUUGCUUUCCCAUUCUAUUGAAGUGAAUAAUCCCACACCAUUUAGGCAAUACCAAUA